AUGAACCCAUAUCAUACGAAAGAUCAAUUUUCUGAAAAUUUUCAAACUAUCAUGACUAACAACAUCGCACCUCAAAUUAAUCUUGAGCAAGCCUCAAUCGAUUCGCGUAUGAAUAUUCCUUACGUGGCAGUGGAAAAUGCUAACAUUCAUUCACAAAACCAACAUUAUGAGAAUCCUGCAUCCUAUGCGAUGAUGACUCAAUUCCCACAUCCAUUAGUAAAUAUGACCAUCGUAAAUCCGCCACCUCAUCAUCAUAUCGCAUUUUUUUAUCAACCGCCAAAUGAUCUUUAUAAUUAUUGCAUUAAGUGUAAAGAAAUUUCAUUUGAUACUAUUACUAGCUUCAAAGAAAAUGAAUACAUUUUCUUUUAUAAACGACAAAGCUGCAAUCGGAUUUAUCAAUUAGUUUGUGAGAAAGUUUCUCCUUCUUUAAUUAUUAAUUUCUUAAACAAAACAAUUUACGGUAUUGAAAUUGAACAGAAUGUUGGAUAUGAACAGUUAUCCAUUACAUUCGACCAAAAAGAAAAUCUCAAAUUUCAUUUGAAACAACAUCUAGAUCGAUACUUAUUUGAUUAA